AUGACUACCCAGGUCACCCCCUCCAAGCAGGCCGCUUCAGCCAUUGAUUCGCUGAAAAUGGAGUCACCAGUCAAGAAACUGGAUUUUGGUGUCGCCGACAAGGAGAACAAGCCUCUCGAUGAGGCCGCCGUCGCUGAGCAGCUCGACGCCGAGCACGAGCCCAAGAUUGAGAGCAAGGAGGACGACAAGCCAGCUGCAAUCGCCCCUGGCAUCAAAGCAGAAGAAGCCGACGAGCCUCUUCUCCAGGAGAAUCCUCAGCGCUUCGUUUUGUUCCCUAUCAAGUAUCACGAGAUCUGGCAAAUGUACAAGAAAGCUGAAGCUUCUUUCUGGACGGCCGAAGAGAUUGAUCUCUCCAAAGAUCUGCACGACUGGAACAAUCGUCUCAACGACGACGAAAAAUACUUCAUUUCUCAUAUCCUGGCUUUCUUCGCUGCCUCGGAUGGUAUCGUCAACGAGAAUCUAGUCGAGCGCUUCAGCGGCGAAGUCCAGAUCCCCGAGGCCCGCUGCUUCUACGGCUUCCAAAUUAUGAUGGAAAACAUCCACUCAGAAACCUACUCCCUGCUGAUCGAUACCUAUAUCAAAGAGAAUGCCCAGCGCACUUACUUGUUCAAUGCCAUUGAUACCAUUCCCUGCAUCCGCAAGAAGGCCGACUGGGCCAUCCGAUGGAUCCAGGACAAGGAGUCUACCUUCGCUCAGCGUCUCGUCGCGUUCGCUGCUGUUGAGGGCAUCUUCUUCAGCGGUGCAUUUGCGUCUAUCUUCUGGCUGAAGAAGCGCGGCCUCAUGCCUGGUCUGACCUUCUCCAACGAGCUCAUCUCUCGUGAUGAGGGUCUGCACACUGACUUUGCCUGCCUCCUGCAUUCCCACCUCAAGAACCGUGCUAGCAAGCAGAUCAUCCACGACAUCAUUACAGAUGCUGUCGCUAUUGAGAAAGAAUUCUUGACCGAGGCUCUGCCCUGCGCUUUACUCGGCAUGAACUCCAACUUGAUGAAGCAGUACAUUGAAUUCGUUGCUGAUCGCUUGUUGGUCGCUCUUGGAAAUGAGAAGGUGUACAAGACGUCCAACCCCUUCGACUUUAUGGAAAACAUUUCUCUUGGCGGCAAGACCAACUUCUUUGAGAAGCGAGUCGGUGACUACCAAAAGGCCGGUGUCUUGGCCAGCGCUGCCAAGAAAGAAGACGGUGCUGUUUCUGAGGAAAAUAAAGAUGGCGGUGACUUCACCUUUGACGACGAUUUCUAG